CGAGUUAAAUUAUACGCAAGAAAACAUCAUUAGCGAACAGCCACUUUCAUAACUUCGAAAUGAGCGCGUUACGUUUCUUCGCGUUGCGUAACCAUUUAGCCGCGAGCGAAAUUUCGUGAUACGGCACGUGAAAGUGAACAAAUGUCGUAUAAAUAAAAUGCCGGAAAGUUCGAUCGGGAGAAAUUCCGCUCAACGCGUACGUAAACGUAGAUUUUUUUUCUACACAAGAGCAAGUUGCUUCUAGAACAACGGUUUAAAACUUACGCACUAUUGUGUAUGUGUUUUCUUUUAGAUAGACGUGCAAAUAUAUAUGAGUUUGGAGACAUUAAUCCAUCCUUUGCUAGAUCGAUUUCCCCCUUUUUUUCGCGCUCUCUAAAAACUCCGUAAAUUUGCUAUCCGGAGAGUUUCGUCCCGCUUUCUUCGUCCUAGUCCCCGUGAAUGUGGGUCUCCCCACCUGGGUGUACAGUCGCCACCACCAGGUGAUCGCGAUCCAAGGAGAGGGAAGGUAUACCUGCGCGGGUGUAACGUCAUUCGAUCGGCUAGUCCGGUCCUGUUCGUGAAGGCCGAUAUAUUCCCCCAUUGCAUAUAAUUUACCGCACGCGCCGUUUAAAAAAUUCAGUCGGUGCAGCGUAAUGAUAUCGGCGAGCCGAGGAAGGUGUUUCUUUUUAAUAACUUUGUCUUUUAUAUAAAACGAAUCAUUCGAAGAUACAUAUAUAUCGUGCAAGUACUAAGCAAUGUCCCAAGGUAAGUAAGUUCCCAAGAUUCCGUUCGAAAUAUCGCAAAAUGAUGAAAAAUUGUACGUAAUGUUUUUCAAUUUUAGAAUUUUCUCGUAUCGUCCGUAAAUAAAUAUCGGGGAAUGCUGUUACCGAAUUCUACAUGUCGCGAGAAAGGGAUUCGUCAUGAAGGAUUUACAAAGAUAUGAGAUCACGUAACGACGACCAGCAAAAAAAAAGCGAUACAAAGAAAAUGCCCUCGGCGGACUUACGGACAUUCCUUCUUGUCGUGUCGGCGUGCAGUUUAACUACGCAACAGCCAACAUUCUUCAGAAGUACAUUCAAAGGUCUGGACAGCCUUGCCUCGAGCGCUACGGCAUUAGCAAAUGACGAGAUAAGAGCUGUUUAUUAUCACGAACAGACAGUGGCAGUAGUAGACCUUGGUCCGAGAAAUAUACUGCACGAUUGCGAUAUAAUCGAAGUAUACGAGCCAUCGGAGGCUACCGAAGUAAUACGAAACUUGUCUAUCACUUCGCACCCACAAGUGGUGUCCUUUCAGGACAUUACGAGACUCAUGCAACAAUGCGAAUUGUUGGAUAGUAUUCGCGUGGAAACUACGUCCACUUUGCCUACAAACGUGCUGAGCAGAGGAACUCGCAUAGCCGCAAGUUCCAUUACUUUGCUUUCCGGCAUUCUACCGGGAACGAAAUGGUGCGGCACGGGUGACAUUGCUGAGAAUUAUCACGACUUGGGUGACGUACCCUACGUCGACAGAUGCUGUCGCACCCACGAUCUUUGUCCUAUAAAGAUCCGUGCACAACAAACUCGAUACAACCUCACGAAUUAUUCCCUGUAUACCAAAUCGCAUUGUACUUGUGAUAAGGCGCUUUAUCAAUGCUUAAAAGCUGCCAACCAUCCCACGGCGAAUCUAUUGGGGCAAAUAUACUUCAAUAUUGUCAAAGUAGAGUGUAUAGAAGACAUACGGACGAACCGACACAUCUCCUCCUCGGAACCAUUAAGGAAAUUUGUACCUGUGAAGAGAGAAUAUUAGUAGUCGUAGAGGAUAUUUCUUUUAAUUAUCUAACAAUCUUCAUAAAGCGCGUGAUACUGUUCGAAAGUUUGCCCCAUUUAGAAAUCUAUAAAAUUGCUCAUUUGUAAGAAUUAUAAUUGAAGGUUACGACAUUUGU